AUGCAUGGCACCACGCUAUCGCGUCCGUAUCCAGCAACAUCGGCGGCCUCGAAUGAUAAUUCCUGCCCAUGCGACAACAUCGCCAUCUUCAGCUGCAUGCGUGAAUAUGUCCUGCAACUGACCGAUGGUGCCGUCCCUAGUGGCCGCGAGUGCUGA